AUGAGAAAACUAUUCUUAGAGAAGUAUUUUCCUGCUUCUAAAGCAGCCUCUGUUCGUAAAGAGAUUAGUGGUAUUCUCCAAUUUACUGGGGAGUCUCUUUAUGAAUAUUGGGAUAGGUAUAAAAAGUUGGUGGCGAGUUUCCCUCACCACAACAUAUCACCAACACUCAUCAUUCAAUAUUUCUAUGAAGGAUUACUUACAGAGCAACGAAAUUUGAUUGACGUGGCUGCUGGUGGUUCACUUACUGAGAAGAUAAUCUCGCAGGCGACUAGUUUGAUCGAUAGUAUGGCUUCGAAUGCUCAACAAUUUUAUACCAGACAGGACUCAAAUGUCAGAAGAGUUAGCAAUAUGGAAGAAACUUCACAGUCAGAGCAACGAAUGAAAAACAUGGAGAAGGUAAUACAAAGGAUGACAACAGUGAUCAUUCCUUCAUAUGAAGAGGAUGCCGAGGUAAAUGUUAUAUUUCCUAAUCAGAGGCCCAGUUAUACUAACAAGCAAGCUGCAGCUUCUAAUCCAUAUGUAAGACAAGGUGGUUUUCAACAAUUCCAGCAACCUCAACAAGUUAAGGAGCGUGAUUCUUCAAGUGAUGACAAGAUCAAUGCGUUAAUGCAAGGCAUGCAAGGUAUUACUUCUAUGUUACAACAAAGCCAACAAAACCAACAAAAGAAUGAUGCAACUAUCAAGGAAUUGCGAAAUCAAGUUGGGCAAUUGGAAACAGACAUGAACAUCAUGAAAUCACAAGCAUCAACACAACUCCCAUCACAACCUUUUGUGAACCCAAGAGAGCACGUCAAUACAAUAACGUUAAGGAGUGGGAGAUAA